AUGAAUUUGAAGCUAGUAGUAAUAGUUUUCCUCGCUACGAUUGCCUCAAAUGUCGCUGCGGCAGCCGUAUCAGUCCACUCGGUACCUCUCACACAGACGAACCGCGAAUGUAAUGAUGUUCCCAAUAGCGCUGUCAAAACCCAGCCUUUCGGUUUCGUCGUUUUUGUUAAAGCGAUAAACCAACUAGUCGCAACUGCCGCGCUGCAAGGAGCAAGUCCCAACACAGAGUACAAUGCCCGCCUGAUCCAGCUCAAGGAUGGCGCGGCUGUGAGCUGCGGGCCUUGUACAUCUGGUGGUGCAACAUUGAAAACGGACAAGAACGGUUUUGGAACUGUGCAAGUACAAAAUGUAGUUAGUGCCGGUGCAACGGCGUCGUGGUUUGUCCUGAACAAAAAGACCGACUGCAACAGCUUUUAUGAUACUGCUCCGCAAGCGUUUUGA